AUGCAUCGCUUCUGGGUGGCGAUGGGGUUGUACACCGCCACGGGAUGGAGGUUUGGCGUCCUCGAAUGGGUGUUACUAUGGCAGACAUCAACCAUAGUCAUCAACAUCUCAUGUCCGCCUCGACAAUACUUCUGGUGCAAGACACUGUGCAUGUCGAUGGGGAUCGCGGCACAACUGUCACAGGCUUGGCAGCUUGUUGCUCCUAUUGAUGCUGUUGGACGGCAGUGGAUUACUUUCAUGACUGUGGCGUACCCGCCUCCACUCAUCUUUGAGGAUGUGAGGGAUAUGAAAGGGGAUGAUGCCGCUGGUAGGAGGACACUGGCGCUCAUGUUGGGAGAGUGGCCGGUGAGGAUUUGGUUUGCGGUGAUCAUGGGCUUCAUGCCGGUGAUGGUGCAUGUUUUCCUGUUCAGUCUUGUUGGGGCGGAGAUAUGGCGGAUUGUCCUGUGUGACUCGUUCGUGGCGGUGAUUUGUUGGACGACUGUUGUUCGCAGCCUGACGAUGCGGAGCGUGAAAGCGGAUCGAGCCACAUAUCAGCUGUUCAUAUUCUCCUACGUAGUCGUACUUAGCUGUGGCUGCAUCCUCUGGGCGUAG